GAAAUUUAUAAAAACUAUUGGAAUAUGUAUAAGUACAAAGAUUGAAAAAUAUGAUUCAAAAAGGGAAUUCAAAAAAAAACCAAAAGAAACCUGAACAUAUUGGCUAGCCAAAAAACCACCAUACUUUUGUUGACUUUUUCAGUUUAUUAAGCAACUUAGGAUUGACUGACUAGACUAACACACCGUUAGCAGAGUUAACAGAUAUUUUAGACGGCAUUAAGCGACGUUAAUUGUGGGCGUUAAUUAAAACGACCUCGUUUAAUCUUUUUGUCUGAUUAAAGACAAAUGAAUGAAACGACGUCGUUUUAGGUAGCUUUGUUAUUAAAAAUAUGUGCUUCCCGCGGGUCAAACUCGUGCACUCGUGAUCAAUGGUAGGGGUUGUGCCACUGAGCUAGUGGACUUUUCAAGGGAUUGACGAACAUAGUUAUUUUUAAACUCUGAAAUAUGAUAACUGAAUCAAAAAGAAACGACGACGUUUUCUCCUUCGUCUUCAAUCUUUUAACGAACACGAACCCUAAAUUCCCAAAAUCUCAAAUCGUGUUUCCUCUUCAAGCUCGAUUCUCACAUUUCCUUCUUCGAGUAUCGCAUGAUGAGUUCGUGUUGUGAGGAUUCGUCUGUCAAUGUGAUGGGUAUUCGUGGUAUUCCGGAGAAAUACGACUGUGGUCAAAGCACUGCGAUAUACACAUCAAAAUCGAAGCAGAAUCCAGGAAGAACCUUCUUUAGAUGCCCAACGUUUCGAAAUGAUCACUUGUAUAAAUGGGUAGAUGAAGCUAUCUACGAAGAGGUUCAGGAUGCAUUGCCAAAAGUUGAGUGCUUUGCAUCGGAUCUCAUGAAAAUUAAAAUGGAGAUCGAAAGCUUCAAAACUGCAGAGGAAGAGUUGAAAGAAGAUGUUAGGAAGGUGAGCAAUGAACUUAAGAAGCUGAAUGUGAUCAUGAAAGUGGGUUUUGUGAUGGUUUUCUUAAGCAUUGUCACAUGUCUUGUGUUGAUCAUGUUUGAUAAAGCAAAUGGGUUGUCUUUGAAUAGCUACUAGGAGACUCUGUUUAUGUAAUUGUAAUGGUUUCAGUGAUUUGAACUCAUGGUUUAUGUGAGUCUAAUGUUGUAAGACUGUUUAUGUUAUUCUAAAGAUUUCGACUUAUGGUUUAUGUAAAUUGAUAGUAGUUAAAACAACAUCAUGAACACACCAAGAAGAAACCAGCAUGAACACAUUGAACACAAGAGUAAACAUAGAUAAACAAAAUCAUUUAAACAUGACACCAUUGAACACACCAAAAUACACCAUCUUGUUACAAAAGCAUAGAGUAAACCAUCAUACAAAAGCAUUCCGAGAGAGACACCAUCUUGUUCCAAAAGCACAAGAGUAAACAUAGAUAAACAAAAGCAUUUAAACAUAGAUAAACAAAAGAGUAGUUCUAGUUUCAAAAGCAUUUAAAUUGAUCUAAAACCAUCUUCCCCACGCUCCUGUCUGUGAUGCUUGAGCUUGUGAAGAGUGAGCUUGUGAGGAUUCAGCUUGUGACUCUUUAAAAUGUAUUCCCUGUACCAUAUAAAUGAAUUGUCAAUAACCUCAAAAAACGCAGACACAUUACCAAUAGCUAAAAAACUAAGAACAUAACCUGAUUUUUCCUUGGUCUGCCUCUCGGUUUCUUAGCUGGACUCUUAACAGAAGCAUUCCGACAUGUAUUUUUGUAGUAGCCUUCUUCUUUGCAAUUAGAGCAUGUUAUAACUCUGUUCACACGGCUCAGCUUGGUAGUAGACACUGUCUCAUUAGCUCCCUUCUUUCUAUCAUGGUUUCUAGGCCUACCAGGAUUGCCCUUUCGAUUAGGUGGUGGAAUCACACCUAAUCUAUUGGUCUGAGGCCACUCUAUCAUCCCAUUUACCGGACUGAUCCCAUAACUGUACGUUUCACGCCACCUAGAAGUUGUGUAGCAAGGAGCAAAAAAUUCAGAAAGUUUUCUUUUCGCACCAAGGAUGACCUUAGCAGCAUGGAUGCAUGGAAUACCAUUCAUUUGCCAGCUUCGACAUGCACAAGUCUCCUUCUCCAAACUCACAACAUAUGACUGAUCUUUAUGCUCCACCUCAGUCUCUGGCCCAAUUGCCCAACGCAGUAUACACUCUUUCAACUUCUUCUCAACCCUGUCUAACGCUUUAUGUGUCUUCAUGGUGAACCUAGUCUUCCUGUCGGUAGCCAUCUUAGACCUAUUGUAGUUCCUAGUCAUACAUUGGCGCCUUAUCUCCUCUAACAUGUCGAGCAGAGGCUUCUUCCUAGCCUCCCUGAUGGUCUUGUUGAAGGACUCACACAAGUUGUUCAGAUUAUCAUUGCAGCAGGAGCCUAUCUUGAAGAAAGCUCUAGACAAAGUCUCUGGCUUUGUCUUUAUCAUAGAUGCAUGUGCGCCGGGAUCAUAGUUCUUAAGCUCAUCCAUGUGGUAGUUGAACAUACCAGGAGUGUAGCUCCUUGCAAUCAACCAGAAGAACCUCUGUAACCUUAGAUCCUUUCCACCUUUCCUCCAGUUCUCGUAUAUAUGUCGACAACACUGCCGAUGCUCAGGUUCUGGAAGGAGGGUAUGAACUGCCUUCACUAAUCCCUACAAGAUCAGAAACAAAAAAAAAAAAUCAGAAACAAGAAUCAAACAUUCACAGAAUCAAACAAGAAAGCAAAGUGUUUACCUUUUGUUUGUCAGACAUUAUAACAAAUCCUUUCCCAUCUUCCAAUCCCAAAUCCAAGGCCAAACGCUUCAAAAACCAAUCCCAGUUUGUAUCAUUCUCUAUCUCCAGUACAGCCCAAGCAAUAGGGACAAUCCUAUUGUCUCCACCUCUUCCGACAGCAGCCAACAACUGUCCUUUGAUGUGCCAUUUCAAAAAAGCUCCAUCUAAGCCAAUAACUAGCCUACAAGUCUUCUUCCAUGCUUCUUUUUGUGCUUGGAAACACAUGUAGAGCCUGUAGAACCUCUGCUUGCUUCCAACUGUGGCUCCUAGUAUGGUCUCAAUGUCCAUGGUUGAUCCAUAAUUGCUCCUGAAGAUCUCUGCUUGGUAAAUCCCAGAGUUUAUCAUGUGUCUUCCUCAUUUCUCUCAUCAACUUCGUCUUGGCCUUAAUGCACGAGUUUUCUUUGGCUUCCAUCUGAUACUCCCUCAAGAUCUCAGCAUGUAUCUCCUUCGCUGUGGUCUUAGGAUUCAGCCUUAACCUCUCAGCAAAUAGACUUGCAAUUGCUGACCUCUUAAGAUCCUUGACUGCCCUGUUUUCUCACACUUAUGGUCAUUGACAUAUGUAUUUACCAUCAGCUUUUGUUUCCUCUAAUCAUAAGAACAAUAGACCAUCCAGGGACAUGGAUCCUCAUCAUCUCUCAUCUCAGCAGCACAUUUUGCACCCAUCUUCAAGCUACUAGAUCUGUAGUACUUGAUGUUGUAUAUGGUUUUGAGUGUAUACCUCAGACAAGUAUGUUUGAAGUCCUCAGCAUCUGAAAAUGUCUUGCCAAGCUGAAGGAGCUCCUCUGGAUCAAUGUCUGCUCUGUAAGCUUGCGCAGGUAUCAUCUCCUCUUCAUUCUCAUCAUCUGAUGACACAGGAUCAUGGAUUUUAUCAUCAUCCCAUGCAUCAUCAUCCCCUUCGUCUUCAUCAACCUCACAGUCAUCAUUUCUUGCUUCAUCACCAAACAAUAGACCCAAAUCUCUACAGUUUUCUUCCUCAAUGCCACCAAUACCAUUCUCAUUCUCUAAUUCAAGCAGACCAUCAUCUAAUUCUCGCCUACCAUCAUCUUAUAUAUUUCCAAAUUCCUCUUCUUCAAUUGUCCCCUCUAUAUUUCCAAAUUCCUCUUCUUCAUUUGUCUCCCUCUGGGGACAUUCUUCUCUGUAAUCACCAUCUACCCGCUUCUUCUUCGAGUUUCCAGGAGGAGGAGACACAGUUAAAACACCAGUAACCUUCUGCUUCUUUGAUUGUCUAGGAGACGGAGUUGAACCACCAUAUGGUGUCCCACGCCUCGUAACCUUCUCCGGAGAUGACACAGGCGACCCAUAUUGUGUCCCACGCCUUGUCUUCGACGCCUCUGUAGAUGCCAACAUCGAUAUCCCUUCAACUCUUUUACUCUUCCUCGAUCUCUCCGGCGAUGGCAAACUCACAGAAGCACCGCGUUUUCCACCCUUCUUCGCCGCUCCUUUUGUUUCAGACACACUCCCAUCACCACCUUUUCCACCCUUCUUCGCCGCUCCCUUUGGUUCAGACACACUUCCAUCACCACCUUUUUCACCCUUCUUCAACUGUUGAACCGCUUCUUCACUCCCGUAAUCAAAAUUCCUCAUCGCUCCCCAAAUCAUUACCUCCCUUCCAUUCCUUGUGAACUUCGUCUUUACCAUCCACAGAGACAAAGAAAAAUCCCCAAAUCGAUUUGAGUUUCUAAGAAAUUAGGGUUACGUUUUGAUUAAUCCCCAAAUCGAUCAUCCACAUCUUUUGAUCAAUAAAACUAAAUAUGUAUGGUAUUCUUCCGAAAAGUCCACUAGCUCAGUGACAAAAAACCCCCCUAAGGACCACGAGUGCAGGAGUUCGAGUCCAACCAAAAACAAUUUUUAUUAAACAAAACGACAGCGACUUGAGAUUUUGUCUUAAACAAAACAACUGGAUGAAACGACGUAGUUUCACUAAACGGCAGUAUUUAACGGUGAGUUAACACUGUCGUAACUGUCAGUUAACGGUGUGUUAAUCUGGUCAGUCAAUCGUAAGUUUCUUAAUAAACUAAAAAAGUCAACAAAAGUUCAGGGUUUUAUUGGGCAGGCUCGAGUACAAGUUUUUUUUGGGAAUUCCAGCAAAGUUGGUGUUUUUUUUGCCGAAUUCCCGAUUCAAAAAACCUUACUUAAAAUUGCUUUUGGUCGUCCCACCUGAAUUUUGGGCCGAGCUUA